CAUCGGCAACAACUAUGCCGCAGUCUUUUAUCGUCCCGUCGCCCGCUUUCUCGAAGGUGGAUGUCUUCUCUCUCCAAAUCCAGUAGUAACGACAACAUGGACGAAGACGAAGAUAUUUUUUACGAAUACAGAGAGAACCACCAAACAAAAACCAUUGGCAAGCGAGAACUGCAGCAAAGGGAACAAAAGGGCGCCUGGGCCCUGCUGGCUGCCCUCGAAAAGGCCAAGGAGGCCCAGUACGUGGAGGUUGCCAGUCUCAUCACGUCGCUCGAAACCCUCCUGCCCCGAGAAGGGCAACAAGGAACCGACGAGAACGGUGAAGAAGGCGCGCGGCAGCCGGUCCAAUGUUCCUCUAGAAGCAACAAGCUUCCUCGCUUUUCUGUAGAGGACACCAAGAGCCUUACCGGCGACGACGUGGUCGCAYUACUGGAGGCCACUCGCAGCGGUCGGCUCAUCGAGAUCCACACCAUCCGAGCCCUAAUCGAGGCCGCCACGGUUGUAUUUCGGUCGAGGCAUCCGGACCGGCUGGUGGAACUCCCGCCCCUUUCGAAACUGCAGCAGGUGCAGGUCGUUGGAGACCUGCACGGAUCGCUGAACGAUCUGGCCACCGUCCUGGCCCUCAUGCAAUCGAGGUCUGGGGAGCCCUGUGCUUCCAACAGGAUAUUGUUCAACGGCGAUCUGGCCGACCGGGGGGAGCACGGGGUGGAGGUGAUCUGUAUCGUCUGUGCCCUCAAGCUGGCCUAUCCCGAGUUUGUCUUUGUGAACCGCGGGAACCACGAGGACCUGGCUCUGGCCAUUGCCUACGGACUGGCCGCCGAGAUCACGAGAAAAUACGGGGCGGGAUGCCGCAAGGUACUGAGGCCGACGCUGGAUGCCUUUUUCCGGGCCCUGCCGCUGGCAACCGUGAUUGAAAGAGAUGCACUGAUUGUACACGCGGGUCCACCACCACCGUCCAGCGAUGGUAGCGGACUUGCAGACCUCUUGCUCAGAGACCAUCCUAUUCUCACCGGCUGUGGCCUGUCACGGACCGUCGUGGACACUGGCUGCAAAAACGACAACAGCAGCAGCAACAACAAACUCCAGAAGGAAGAGAAAGUGUCGAAGCAGAUCAUUGAAUCGAUGCUAUGGUCGGAUCCACUAGUUGACGAGUGCGAGGGGACGCUCCACGACUUUGGGGACGUUGAAAACGACAUAAGUGGCACCGGUAGCAACCGAUGGGUUCCAAAUAUAUCUCGAGGAGCGGGUUACAAAUACGACGCCAGCGUGGUUCGGAAUCUGCUCAACCGAGAGGGUCUUUCAAGAAUGGUCCGGUCGCACGAGCCGGUGCGGGAUGGAUGUGUACGGUAUGUCAUUGACAACUCUUCCUACAACAACUCGAGCUGUCCCAAACACAAAAACAAACCCAUGGAAUUAUUUACGGUGUUUUCGGCCUCGCGAUACCCCUACAAGGAAGGAUUCAAUCAGGGAGCUGUAUUGGAGCUUAAAGCCAAUGGAGAGCACUCUGUUCUUCGUUAUGCAACAGAAGAUGACGAGCCCUUAGAGGUAGCAAUGACGAUAGCGAGCAGCAGUGUAACUGAAGAAAAUUCUAGAGAGAGCAGAAAUGCGACGAGAGAGUACGCCUGUGCCAUCGAUUCGGACGACAUUCGCCACACGCUUCUAGAAGCACUACGAUACAAUCGAACUGCCAUACGAAACAGCCUGAGACUUGCGUCCGUGAAGCACCAAACAAUUCCGUUCGAAACCGUKGUAGACAUUGUCAUUGAAACCCUGAAUCUGGGUAACGAAGGGAACCACCUGAAACAGAUCGGUGCCAAAACAACACUUGCCAAGGCUAUGGGAAUUCAGUGCCCGGACACGGAGCUACCACCCGAACACGUCGAUGUCGAUCGGUGUUUUGAGGUCCUUCUCGCCAAUCCAACCGACCGUGCCACGCGGCCGCAACGCAGCCUCCGGAGCUACGAUUCAUAUCCGUGGCUCUUUUCAGUCUUUGAGCUGCUGGACACCAAUCAGGACGGAUUCCUGAGUCGAUCGGAAUGGGACGAGUGCGUCCGAACGAUCAAUUCCAAGCUACCAGAGGGACUGGGCAUCGCCGCCGAUCGAACGUGGGAGGUGCUGGACACCGAGGGUUACGGAAAAAUCACCAUGGCAGAAUGGGAACGGCUGGGCCACGCAAUCGAGUCUGACAUUGCGAGGCUCGACUAGACUCAAAAAAAUUGGCAACGAGAAUGCAUCAUUGGUGCAUCACAAAGAAUACCACCGAAUGCCGCUACCUGUUUCCGUGCCUGUCUGUUGUUGUAUCCAUUGUAUGUUACAUUAUACUAUAUUACCA